AUGCGUGCUGAUGAUAUACGUAAAGCAAGUGAAUUUGAACAAUUAUCAGCACAAACAACUGUUGAACAUAAAUCUGAAGAACAAUUAUGUGAACAUUUUAUAACAACAGCACCUCAACGACAUCAAGUUAUAGCAUCAUAUGAUUUAAGACAAUGGCGACGUUUAAUACGUAAUCCAAAUGGUUCUAUACGUAGUGAAGCCCUACAAAAAUCAUCAUUUCAUGGUAUUAAUGAUGAUAUAAUAACAUCUGUUAUACAAGAAGAAAAUUUAUUAAAACAAUUAAAACAACAAAAAAUACAAAAUUUUAAUCAAACAAUACCGGAUGAUGAUGAAAUAUUACAAGUUGAUGAAAAAGAUCUUGAUCAAGAUUUUUCAGGACCAAUACGUUUUUCAACUGAAUGUUCAUUAAUUUGUGGUACAACUGUUACACAUGAUACUUUAGCUAUGACACAUAAUGCUAUGUUAUUUGAUGCUAAUGAAUGUGAUGAAAGUUUUACAAAAAUCGAUUCAAAACAAGUGUUGUUUGCAUUUAAUGAUCGUUCAAUUGUAAAAAAAGUUGUAAGCUUUUUACCUCGAGUUGGUGUUGGUAGUCGUUAUGGUUUACCACAACAACGACGAACAUCAUUAGCAUCACCAAAACAAUUAUUUCGUUCAGCAAAUAUGAUUCAACGAUGGCAAAGACGAGAAAUUUCAAAUUUUGAAUAUCUUAUUUAUCUUAAUACAAUUGCAGGUAUAAUCGAAUAA